ACUUUUCUUUUUUUCCGUUUUUGAGUGAUUGAUUAUGUGACAGUUUGUAUUAUCUCUGAUUGUAUUAAUGAUUGUUUUUAAACAGAAGAUCGAGGGUUUAAUUGCCGAGAGUUAACCAUGUUUAAAGGGCUUUUCGGGAAAACCAAGCCGGAAACAAAUGCUUUAACCACGUUAGACAAAUUAAAUGAGACCCUAGAAAUGCUUGAGAAAAAGGAAAAUGUACUUCUGAAAAAGGCUGCUGCAGAGGUUGAAAAGGCCAAGGAAUAUGCCAAAGGGAGAAAUAAGAGAGCGGCUAUACAGUGCCUGAAGAGGAAGAAACUAUAUGAACAGCAAAUUGAACAGCUUGGGAACUUCCAGCUCCGUGUUCACUAUCAAAUGAUUUUGUUAGAAGGUGCCAAAGUGACUACUGAGACUGUAGAUGUGUUGAGAACCGGAGCAGCAGCAAUGAAGGCGAUGCAGAAAGCAACGAAUAUAGAUGACGUUGACAAAACAAUGGAUGAAAUCAAUGAACAAACUGAGAAUAUGAAACAGAUUCAGGAAGCACUUUCAAAUCCUAUCGGAGCGGCAGCUGAUUUUGACGAGGAUGAAUUGGAAGCAGAGCUCGAAGGUGCCGAGUUGGAAGAGCAGCUUCUCCAACCUGCAACAACUACUCCUGCAGCUCUGGUCCAGGUACCUGCUGGCAGGCAAUCGGCUCAACCUGUUCCUCAAAAGCGCACAGCUGAGCAAGAUGAACUCGCUGCAUUGCAGGCUGAGAUGGCACUAUAAGGUAAUUCGUUCUAGUUCAGUUCACUCUCUGGGCGAAUUACGUAUAGAGCUCUAAAACAUAGCCAAGUUUUCUGAUGGUAUAGUUCACCAUCGCAUGCAUUAUUGAACGACGAAAGAGAGGAGGGGGCAUAUAUUUGUAUUAUUGACUCUAAAUUUCUGUGCAUUUAAUGUUCGAUGAUGUACAUAAAGAUUGCAAUAAACGAAUCGAAUCCCCCUAUCUGCACUAAAAA